AUGGACCCCCAAGCGGAACAGAGCACGAAUACCUCUCGUCCUCAGACACGCCAACCCGUCGACUCGUAUCAUCAACACAUCCGCGCAGUUCAUGGCGUCAACGGCAACUCUUCUGAGCCAGGGCCAUCAAGAUCGAGUGCUUUAGGCACAUCAGACUCGCGCCGGCACGGGUCAGGUCCCUCGAGCUCGGGCGUAGGCUCACAGCCUGGAAAUAUCACUACAUUCUUCGAUUCCGAACGAUUAGCUACUUCGGCAGCGCCUUGGGACCCAAGUAAUAAUCCAUCGCCAGCCACAAGUAGAGGAAUCCGGUGGCCGUUUCUAGGAAGCAUUAGAUCGCGGGCCAGCCAGUCGCUACCAUCUUCGCCGCGAAUCUUGUCACCCUCCGAGCCUAUUCAAAUCGAACUACCAUGGAGACCAGUCUUUCUACAUCGACGUAUUUUGGCUAUUUACGUUAUUGUAUUUGUGGUUCUCAUCGCAGGUGUGCAGGUUGCACUGCAGUUAUCCGAAUAUAACGGCGGCCUCCGAAAGUCUGACGAUUUAUCAAGAUAUCUUUGGCAGUAUGGGACAACCCUCGUAUUCAUUACCGUGGCUGCUUUCUGGAACAGGGUCGAGUUUCAGGCGUCCGCUGCCAUGCCGUGGAUCCGAAUGCUAAACAACCAAGUUGAAGUUGACAAGUCUCUUUUGCUGGAUUACGUCUCUCUGUCUGAGCCUGUGGCUAUAGUCAAAGCGAUUCGAAACACCGACUGGCUAGUAGCAACUCCGUUGAGUGCUGGGAUAGUCUUCAAACUAAUCAUAAUAUUCUCGACGGCUUUUGUUACACCCAAAGUGACGACUGUUACAAGGCACAAAUCUGCUAUAGCCAUCGAGGCUGAGUUCUUCAACAGUCUCCCUGGAUUGGAGAACAUCGGAUCUUUGCCUUACUUUACCCUGGCUGCUCUCGCGAUAGACAACAUCACUUUUCCAAACGGAGUCACCUCUCGGGCUGCAUAUACGCCAUUUGCAAGCGAUAUUGUUGAGCUGAAGGAAAUCACAGCGGACGUGGAGGGUUUUAUCGGCGGCUUAGACUGUGAAGAAGCAAAAUUAACCCUGGAAUCGAUGCGGUUAGACGGCGAAGGUUCUCUUGAUUUUAAUUUGACAAUAUCGGACUCCAACUGUUCCGUCAAAGAAGCCCUUGUGAGCGCGAAACUAGCAACCACCAAGGACGAUGACUUAUCACGAGUAUUUCUUGCAUUUCAACAAGGCAGUUGUGGCGACUCUACGAAGGACGCUCAGCAGCGGAUUGCUGUUAUGGCUGGUGUUCUUGAGAUCGACGUCGAUCAACUAAAGCGACAAUCCAAGAAUUCGAAUAGUCGACUAAAUGGCAAGAUAUCGUCAUCCUCUGCAUUUCUAUGCAAACCGAAUUAUGCCAUCACCACGAUAAAGGUUUCUAAAACACCCGAUACAGUCCUUUCAGCCAUUCCCGAUAAACAGGCGACAAAUACUACUCUUGACCAAGUUUCUCCAUGGGAUAUCGCACGCGCUCUAUUUGUCACUUUAGAGUCCAACGAAGCAGCCGAGUUGCAAUUACUAUCUACAUCGUCAGGCGUACCAUAUAACGAUGAGGCUAUUCUUGAUGCGGAUGAAGCUAUGUCUGCUGCCCUUGCACUAAGUUCAAGAGGAGGGAAUCAGCCCAAACUAGAGUCAUUGACAGACGGCGAUUCCCUGAGACAACUGGCCCAAGACUUCUAUGCACAGUAUUCGGCCCUGAUCGCUCGAUAUGCCAUGAUGGAGCCAUCCUCUGACUCCUCGACAGCUGUUGCCAGCUUUAUUGAACGACGCCUUGUUGUACGACCUGUUCCCGCGUAUUUGAUAACAGCGUUCCUGGCAAUUUGCUUCGUUCUGGCUCUGGUAACCAUGUGCUUGGUUCCUAAGAAAGGCUUUCUCCCACGCGACCCUAGCACGAUCGUUGGAAUGGCCUCGGUGGUGGCACACAGCCAUCCCCUGGUUGAAUGUCUGAAAGGCAUGGGACCUGCGCCGAAUAGAGCUAUUCGACCAAGGUUGGUGGAUUCUACCUAUAUGAGCGGAGCUGAGGGCCAUGAGAAGCUGGAGAAUCCCAACCUGGGAUAUUACCAUAUAUUUGGUGGGAAUGCACCUCCGCCUAAUGUUCUCCCACGGCGGUUCGAUUCUUCGACAUGGCGACAACCUGUUCCGCUACAUGGUCUGAUCAGGUUGAUAUACAUACUCGUUCUUGCUUGUAUCAUCAUAGGGUUUGAAAUCUCUCUCAGAGUGUCACAUCGCUUUGAUGGGUUGAGGACUAUGAACACUGAUACAGCAUAUCUGGCAUGA